AUGUCUUCUUCUUCAGCAAAAAAGGUUGGAGAAUGGAGUUGGGAGGAGAACAAGGCAUUUGAAGUGGCACUGGACAAAGUGGCAGAAGAGACACCAAAUAGAUGGGAAGUGAUAGCUGCAUCAUAUGUUCCAGGGAAGAAGCCAGAAGAGAUUGCUGAACAUUAUGAGAAGUUGGUUUAUGAUGUGAAACUCAUUGAGUCUGGUUAUUAUGAUCAUGUGUCUUCUUCUACUGCUCAAAACAAUACUAGUGCUGCUAAAGAUGCUAGCACCACCACCACCAUUUCAAGCAAGGAAGCCGGUGGCAACGGCGUAGGCGGUGGCGGCAGUGGAGGCAAGAAGAAGAAGAAGAAGAAGAAGAAUGAGAAGAAAAACUAA